AUGGAAUAUCUUUUAAGCAAUAUUUUAAUAAUUAUGUUUAUUGGAAAUAUAAAGAGUUACGGUUUAAAUAAAUGUUUAAAUCCUCCUCUUGUUGCUAAUGUUAAUUUAGAAAGGUUAUUGGGAACUUGGUAUGGGCAAUACGUUGGAACGAAAAAAGAAGCAGAAAAGAAGUGUGUAACAUACACCAAUCAGCUUGUAAUAGACGAUAAUGGAACUGUUAUGGUAAAUAUACACAGCACAUGGAGAGUUGAUAAGCAAAAUAAAAGUGUUGAUUUCAAGUCGUAUCCAAUUAAAAACACGUCAGCGAGUAAAAUAGUUUGGCAAAAUAUUAUUUUUUAG